GAACCCAAAAAACACGCGUUCUCGAAGUUCGCUCACUGUUCCUUUUGCUCUGCCUGGGUUUUGUUCCAAUCCAAACCCUCGGCCCUUUCUUGGAAACUCCAAGAUCAGGAGGGGCUGAUUCCGGCGCUAGGGAUUCGAUCCAAGUCCAGAUGUUGAUGUUCAGGAUAAUCUACUCAGCAAGGAUUGCUUCCAAGGUUAUUCCAGAGAUAUGUUAAGUCUGUUUAUUUCCUCUAUGUGAUGAGCAUUUACUUUGGAUUGCCAUCAACACUUUCGUACCAUCUGUUAGUUCAAGUUGCUCUUUAGGAGUUGAAUUUAGGAAAUCCUACCUAAAAUCAAGGCUUCUCAGCAAAGUGACAAGGCAUCACUGUUUUUCUAGAGUUUCGCCUACAGCUAUGGAUGUUGUUAAACCCGUAACAAGUCAAAAUGAAAAUGUGCAACAUGACCUUCAUAGGGGCAUGACUGUUCAAAAUGGAAAUGCACAACAUGAUACUCGGAGGACUUUCCAAGUCAUAGUUGCUGCAACUAGAAAUUUGGGUAUUGGCAAAGAUGGGAAACUGCCAUGGAAGCUACCAUCUGACCUCAAAUUUUUCAAGGAAGUAACAAUGGCCACAUCAGAUCCUGGUAAAAAGAAUGCAGUUAUAAUGGGCAGGAGAACUUGGGAAAGUAUACCUGUCCAAAACAGGCCUUUGCCUGGGCGUUUGAAUGUUGUGCUUACUCGGUCUGGAAGUUUUGAUCUUGCAACAGCAGAGAAUGUUGUUACUUGUGGAAGCAUGACUUCAGCUUUAGAUUUGCUUGCAGCAUCUCCCUAUUGUCUAUCAAUUGAAAAGGUGUUUGUCAUUGGAGGUGGCCAGGUGCUAAGUGAAGCCCUUAAUGCAACAGGAUGUGAGGCUAUUCAUUUUACAGACAUUGAGACGAGUAUUGAAUGCAAUACUUUUAUCCCUCCAAUCAAUUUUUCAGUAUUCCAGCCGUGGUACUCUUCCCACCCAUCAGUAGAGAAUGACAUCAGAUUUUCUUUUGUCACAUAUGUUCGUGUUCGAAAUAACUCUGAUAUUGAGCGCCUUGAGGCUGUUAGCAUUGGCGAAGCAACUGAUCACCACCUACAAAUGGAUAAGUUUGGUGUUGAGAAAUUCUCAUUUCUUCCUAAAAUGAUAUUUGAAAAGCAUGAAGAAUACAUGUACCUUCACCUGGUUGAAGAUAUUAUAACAAAUGGUGCUCGAAAGAAUGACAGGACUGGGACUGGAACUUUAUCAAAAUUUGGUUGUCAGAUGCGAUUUAAUUUGAGACACUCUUUUCCACUACUUACAACAAAGAGAGUAUUUUGGCGAGGUGUUGUUGAAGAACUCCUUUGGUUUAUCAGUGGCUCAACAAAUGCCAAGGUUCUACAAGAAAAGGGCAUUCAUAUAUGGGAUGGCAAUGCAUCAAGGGAAUACCUUGACAGUGUUGGCUUGGCACAUAGGGAAGAGGGGGACUUAGGACCGAUCUAUGGGUUCCAAUGGAGACACUUUGGUGCCGAGUACACAAACAUGCAUGCUGAUUACACUGGCGAAGGAUUUGAUCAGUUGAUGGAUGUGAUUCUCAAAAUUAAGAACAACCCAGAUGAUCGUCGCAUCAUUCUUUCAGCUUGGAAUCCUCCAGAUCUCAAACAAAUGGCUCUCCCUCCAUGUCACAUGUUUGCACAAUUUUAUGUGGAGAAUGGGGAGCUAUCGUGCCAGAUGUACCAGCGAUCAGCAGAUAUGGGUCUUGGAGUGCCCUUCAACAUUGCAUCCUAUUCUCUUUUGACAUGCAUCAUUGCUCAAGUCUGUGGUCUUGUUCCGGGAGAGUUCAUUCAUGUACUGGGUGAUGCUCAUGUCUAUAUGACUCAUGUCAGGCCGUUGCAGGAGCAGCUUCAGAAGUUACCCAAACCAUUUCCUGUGCUGAAGAUAAACCCUUUGAAGAAGGAUAUUGAUUCUUUUGUGGCAUCUGACUUUGAGCUCAUUGGAUAUGAUCCUCACUUUAAGAUAGAAAUGAAGAUGGCUGUAUAGGGCAACAAGCUCUUCUAGUCAACUAGCAUGGCUUACUCUUUGCACAACUUAUGAGGGUACCAUUAGCUUUCUGUUUGACAGAAGGGUAGUUUUAUAAGAGUACAAUAUAAAAAAGGGAAUUAGUAUCAAAAUCAGCAAGCGGCAAUGAGAUGGCGUUCGUUUUUGCAGCUGUGGUGUUUCUUGUUUUUGAGUUAGCACACCAUAAAGCAGUUUCUGGCGUGGACGCCUGGCUGAAACUCUGGCUUUUGUUUUUUUGUUUUUGUUCAGAGCCUAUCAUAUCAGCAGGCCUCGGUUAUUAUUAUUUUUUUUUAAAAGAAAAUUUAUUUCACCUCUGUUUGGUCAUGGUAUGAACUUCUUUCAUAUGCUAAAAGCUUAUAUUUUGAGAGCCCAUCUGCAAUGCAAGAUAUUAGAAACA